CGUACUGCGCAAGCGCACAGCCGCGGCCGGAGAUGCCUGCCUGCGGGAAUGUGACGCUGUACCGUGUAGCAUGGAUGUGGAGCUUCACAAAAAUGGCGUAGUGCAAGAUUCAAAUUCCCCGCCCACAUAUCCUGCACACUACGGGAAUGCUAGCAGUAGAGAUAGCUGAUUGAGGGGAGGGGCACAGGCGCCAUUUUUAAAAUAUGUUGACGUGUGGUGGUAACAGCUGCAGUAUGCGGCUGUAGGAGUUGCUGAGUCUCCCUUCUCUUAUCCGCAAUCACUGACCCGCAGUAAGCAGCGCCGUACGUGCUAUGGAUCACACCUGAGCAUUACCUGUGUAAUAUACUCCCUUGGGACAUGAUGUAAAAGAACAGAAAAAAAGCAAACCAACAACUGCUGCCUGUGUGCUGUUUAUCCUUUUUACGUGGUUGCAAGUACUACUUUUUCUGUAAAGAUGGAAUCCUUUCCUGCAGCGCUGAGUGGACACGCCAGUGCUCCCACUUCGGAAACUGAGUUACAUAAACUUUUAAUGGAAGAAAAAAUGAGAAGUGAAAUGCAUAAGAUGAACUACCAAACUCUGAAAGAGCAACAUACUAGGCUGCAGGCUGACUUCAUAAAAUCUCAAAAUGAGAACAAACAACUGUCUGCUGAGAACCAGCGCUUCCAGGAAAAUGUCCAACUCUCAAUAGCUGAGCUGCGAGAAGAGCUCUUAGACAAAACCAAAACAGUGGAAGAACUGAAGCUACAAGUGCUGUCACCUCAGAAACUGGAGCUGCUAAAACUACAAAUACAGCAAGAAGUGGAAGCUCCAAUGCGGGAACAUUUUCAUAAAUUAAAUGAAGAAGUAGAAAAAUACAGAGGAGAAUACAACAAGUUGCGAUAUGAAAACAGUGUUCUCAGAUCUCAGUUUGAACAUCUAAAGGAAGAACAAAUUCAUAUUUUAGAAGAACAGAAGAUCAAGCAUGAAGCUGAGAUUUUGCAGCUGGAAAAAGAUAAAGAAGAACUUAAUAAUCAGAUAACAAGUGUUGAUCCCACUAGAGAUGGUAAACGUGUGGAGGCUCUUCUUGGGGAGAAAGUCCAAUUAUGUCAAAAACUAAAGGAUUUAAAAGCUGAAGUGACAGAGCUGCGAGCAGAGAGAGACCAGUAUGGCGCACAAGCAGAAAAUGUCCAGAGGAUACAGGUGCGACAGAUGGCUGAGACCCAGGCAGCCAUUCGAUCUCUUGAGGCGGAGAAGCAGUCUUUGAAACUGCAACUUGAACGUUUAGAGAAUGAACUUCAGGUAGCCAACGAGCAAAAUGACACGUUAAAUAAAAAGUUGCACAAAAAUGAAAGGGAACUUCAUGCACUCGCUAGCAAAAUUGAUGAACUCAAACAUUCCCAAAAAAUUGAAAUUGCCAACAUAAAGUUAGAAGCUGCCAGAUCAAAAAACGAAGCGGAGAAAAAUAAAGACCAGAUUCAAAGUCAACUUGAUGUACUAGAGACUGAAAAUGAAAUUCUAAAAGCAACACUGGAACGUCAAAAAGAGUUACUGGCUGAAAAAGAGCGUGAAAUGAUAAGGAAAGUCCAGGCAGCUAAAGAAGCGGGAUUCCAACAAAUUGCUGCAAUCCAAGAUGAAAGGCUAGAAUUGGAAAAUAGAGUAACAGAAUUGGAAAAGUGUAAAUUGGAGGAGGAUCACCAAAAACAAUCUGAAAUAAGCCAACUGGAAGAAAAGCUGCGUAUUGCACAGUUAGCUGAGGAAUCUGUGAGAAGGCAACUGCAGAGUCUGAGGUCUAAAUUGCAACAACAAUUGACAUAUACCGAACAAAUAAAAAAAGAACAUCAUGAUGAAGCAGAUCUUAAGCAGGAAAUUAAAGACAUGAGAACUCAGGUAACAUCAUUGUCAGAGUCUGAAAAUAAUUUAAUACAUGCUAAUGAAAAACUCCGGGAAAUGGUGGAACGACUCAAACAGGAGAAUCGCAGUGCUAGAAGCCAGGCAGAACGGGCCCAACAAGAUGCAGAAAAAGAAUUAGAAGGGAACCAAGUAGAAUGGUUACAGGAAAAGCACAAGUUACGGGAGAACCUGUCUCAGUUGCAAGACAAAUACAAACAAGUCAAAGAAAAGCUGCAGAGAGCAUCCCAGGCCCAGAAAAAGAGAAAAAGCAUACAUGAGAACCGAUGCAGAAACUUUAAAGAAAAGAUAGAACUUUUGGAAGCAAAGAAAGAAGAACUUGAGACAGAAAAAUCGGUAUUAAACAGACAGAACAUUCCACAGGAAGAACAUGUACGUCUUCAGAAAAGGCUAAAGGAUCUUCAGCGCAGACAUAAUGAGUUUCGCAGUUUACUACUUGGGCCAAAUAUUGCAACAUCUGGGUUCUUGAAUCCAGUUGGCUAUAUGUCAUCCACAAUGGUCCCAGAAGCAGAAUUUUCUUUCCAUGUUGCUCAGGAGCAACAACACCAAAGAGAACUUUCCAUGCUCCGAAAGAGACUUGAGGAAUUAGAAAUGACACAAAGGAAACAACUAGAAGAACUUGGUCCUUCUACAGAACGCAGCAGAAUGGAGACCAAUGGCUCUGGGUAUCAGCGCAGAAAUACAGAGGAAGAGGAGAUUAGUCAAACACCUGAAUCUAGUUUACAGACCAUUUUGCACUGACUUUUUUUAUUUUAUUUAUCUAAAUCCUGUAUUUUUAUUGGAUUUUAUGAUUUUGUCAAUGUUCUAAUACAAACUUAAGCACAGUAAACUGUAUUUAUUAUGUUUUUCAUAAACAAUAUUAAAACACUGAUUCUUGGAAAUUCAGAUUACGCAAUAAAGCUGCAUCCAAUAAAGCUAUAGUUGACCAUAAGAA